AUGCACGUGGAAGAUCAACGGAAGCUGGAAGUCUUUGACCAUUACUGCUUAUGGGCCAUCUUUCAAGUGAAGUACACCGACUCACUCCUUCAGGACAUGGAAGUUGUUCGUGGACCUUCGGUAUUCGGUCUCCGGCGCUGGAGAAUAAACUGGGUGGAGCUCUCAAGAUCCGCUGCCGCUAAUCGUCACGUAUGGAAAGGUACCAUUCACGACAUCAUCGAGGUUGGCUAG